CUACUUCAAUUCGAUUGAAAACAAACUAACUGCGUAUCUUUUGGCACUUGGAAUGUGAGAUUAAGUGUUAUUUGCAGCUGGUUUAAUUAAGCGGAUGCCAUCACAAAUAAAAUGCAAUUUAUCGACUUGGGUGUUUAUGAUUUAUCGCCUGUCAUUUGGCAAUGAGAUGGAGACGAGAUGAGACGCGAUGAGACGGAGGCCGACUGAUGGGGAAAUUCAAAUGGCAUUUGGGCAAUUGCUCACAGCUCACAUCUCACAGCUCAGCGGCUCUUCAGUUAUUUGUCAGUGCCAAUGACGCCAACGACAACGUCGACGACGACGACGAUGCGAUGGCCAACCUGCUUUCCCCUGCUUCGGAGACUCUGGCUGGCGAGACACACCCACUCUGCGGGGCAAUUACGUGUGAUUGCUAAUUUUAACUCGGCACCCAACUGCUCAAUAAUGCGAGAGAAUACCCUAAGCUGUAAUCAAAAGGACACGGAAGAUGAGGUUAUCGAACUAAUUGAGGACUCACCAUAUCGGGCAAAGGUGGAGCAGCUACGUGCUUGGGCUCCCUUUGUCGGGACGUUGAUGACGGUCUCUAGGCAUAAAAUGACCGAAGAUAAUUGGAUAAUUGCGUGCUAUACCGAGUCCAGGCUGACAAGAUUGGAGACUAUACUUAACGAAGCCAAAAUCAAAUGUGACAGACUAUAUCGUCACACGGAGUCUUCCACAACAGGCUUUGCGUUGGCGCACGUUGUGCGCAGUUAGAGGAAAUCCUCAAGGAGUCUGAGCAAGCCAACGGACAGCCAAUGGCUGAACUGCAAGGAGAGUCGGUGACACCCUAGGCAUGCUACCAACUCGACCGGACGAGGAGCAGCUGCUUCUGAUAAACGAGGGCAAGCUGGAACAGAGCGAAUAUAUGCUAAGUUCUUCACAAGCUGAGCGAUUUGAACGCGCUACGAUACCAAGCGGCGCCAUCUAUCGUAAUAGCAUUAAACAAAA